GAAGAUGUCCCGGACGUCAGUCUGAGCGAGAUUAGAAUUCUCUCCAGCACCUUAAAAACGGCAAGGCCCCAGGCGAGGAUGGAAUUACAGCGGAGCUUCUGAAAGCGGGUGGAAGACCGGUACUUGAAGUCCUUCAGAAGCUCUUUAAUUCCGUCCUCCAUGGUGGCAUUACACCGGAGGCGUGGAGCAGAAGUGCGGUGGUCUUGUUCUUCAAGAAAGGUGACAACGCUCUCUUGAAGAACUACAGACCGAUUUCCCUUCUGAGCCGCGUCUACGUGCUGUUUUCGAGAGUCAUUACGAAUCGUCUCGCGCGCAGACUUGACGAUUUCCAGCCUCCCGAACAAGCCGGUUUCCGAAAGGGCUUUAGCACCAUAGACCACAUACAUACCCUUCGGCAAGUUGUACAGAAGUCCGAAGAGUACAAUUUGCCACUAUGUCUGGCGUAUGUGGACUAUGAGAAAGCCUUUGAUUCCGUCGAAAUUUGGGCGGUGCUGCAGUCCCUUCAGCGGUGCCAAGUUGACUGUCGGUAUAUCGAAGUGUUGAAGUGCUUGUACAGUAGGGCUACGAUGGCUAUCCGAGUACAGAACCAGAGUACGAAACCUAUCCAAUUGCAGAGAGGUGUAAGACAGGGUGACGUCAUAUCCCCGAAACUCUUCACCGCUGCAUUGGAAGACGUUUUCAAGCUUCUGGACUGGAAAGGAUACGGUAUCAACAUCAAUGGCGAGUACAUCACUCACCUUCGAUUUGCCGACGAUAUAGUCCUUAUGGCAGAAUCGCUGGAGGACCUAAGCACUAUGCUCAAUGACCUCAAUAGUGUUUCCCAACGGAUAGGUCUUAAGAUGAACAUGGACAAAACAAAGAUUAUGUUUAAUGUCCAUGUCACACCUAUGCCGGUAGUUGUUGGGAGCACUAAGCUCGAAGUUGUUGAUGAGUAUGCUUACCUGGGACAAAUAGUCCGACUAGGUAAGUCCAACUUCGACCGAGAGGUCAAUCGACGGAUUCAACUCGGCUGGGCAGCGUUCGAGAGGCUACGACACAUCUUCUCGUCAGACAUACCUCAAAACCUUAAAACGAAAUUGUACAACCAGUGCGUGUUGCCAGUGAUGACUUACGGAACUGAGACGUGGUCCUUCACUGCUGGCCGUAUGAGGAAGCUCAAGGUCGCUCAGCGAGCUAUGGAGAGGGCUAUGCUCGGAGUUUCUCUGCGUGAUAAACUUAGGAAUCAGGAUAUCCGCAGUAGAACCAGAGUAACCGACAUAGCCCAACGGAUUAGUAAACUGAAGUGGCAGUGGGCCGGCCAUACAGCUCGAAGAACCGACAACCGAUGGGGAAGAAUGGUUCUCGAGUGGCAGCCUCGUACCGGUAGGCGAAGUGUAGGGCGACCCCCCACGAGAUGGAGUGACGACCUGGUAAGACAUGCAGGAAGUCGAUGGAUGCAGGUGGCUCAGGACCGUGCUUUGUGGCAUUCCUUGGGGGAGGCCUAUGUUCAGCAGUGGACUUAUGAAAGGCUAUAAUGAUGAUGAUGAUGUGAGUUGAUUAGAGAAUGGUUAAGAUUCACAAUUGGACGCGGUAAGUGGCGUUGUUGUCGAGGUCCACAAAUCAACCGAAACCGGGGCGGAUCGCUAGCUAUCUCUCAAUAGAAAAGUAAAAAAAAGUGGCGAUAGAAGCUUCCAUAAUAGUUUCUUUUGUAUAAAAGUAAAGUUGACAAGCGAGCACACAGAUGUUGAGUGGUUGCUGUGGUCCAUAGACACCUACAUCUAGCCUCGAUUAAGAAUGAAAAUGCAGAUGCUUUGUCACCCCUGAGGAUUAAGAUGGAAUCAGUAACAAGUGGUAAAUUUAAACUUUUAUACAACCGAAUUCAAUAUGAAUAUUAUUUAUUGUUGAUUUUUUUUAAAACCGCCCAACCGAUUUCGAUUAAAUUUAAAUAUGAUCACCAGGAAAGUACACAUACCCUUUAUGAAACAAAAAACAUUUUUCAAAAUUAGUUCAGGCGUGUUCGAGUAAUCGGUGAACUGUAUGUUCACAAAAACGAUUCCGACGAAUUGGAAACGUGCUCCUUUGUAUGUAACUGUCUACAUAUAUGUUAUGUAAUAUAUAACUAUUAUUUUAUGCUGGUAUUCUGUAUGAUUGUGACUCUUGCCCGGUUGAGCUGACUCUCACUGCAUCCAUAAUCCACUGCAUCGUGACUUUACCACGUAAAGAACCACCUUAUGACAAAAGUUCGAAUACAUCACACGAUUAAUACAAAUAUGUAUUGUAUGCUAAAUGUAGCGUCAUUACUAAAUUGAAAUUUCAAAUUAAACAUUGUCCAAUUGUGUAAAAUUUCCACGAAUUAUCGCAAUUAAAUGUUAAAAUGAAUUAUUGCAAUGGGCGUUGAUCAUAGGUUGAACGGCAACAAAAGUCCAUUUAUGCGAGUACCUUUAUGUUUUCACCAAACUUCAAACAGCUGUAAAGGCCAGAACACAUUAAAAGCGUAUGUGCGUUCUGGCAGUAGUAAUUUAUAAAAUUAAAUGGAAGAUUUUACACCUCAUGCUUUAUAUGUGCACUACGUAUGCAGUACGUAUGAAUGGGGUCUUUUUAUGGUAAAAAAAUAAACUAUUAUAGAAAAUGAUAUAUAAUACUGGCAUGGGAAAACGGUUAAAAAAAUAAUAUAUAACGCGCAGAGAAUUAAUCUGUAAAGAAAUUCGUACCUAUAAUUAAAAAUCCAGGAACAUCACUGUUACUUUGAUUACCUACAUGAAUUUCUCUUCAUAAUAUAAACUGAUUUCUGUAUUCACUUUUGCUUAUGUUCCACACUUGUAACAUAUAGUACCAAGUGGAAGGGUAAAGCUUAAUAUUUCCUGAAGUACAUUAAUAUGUACCGAUUAUCCACACACUUGCAAAAGUUAUGUUGUAAUUCUAUCCUCACCAGGUACUUUGCCAUUUUUAAGAUGCUGGGAAGCCAUUUUAAUCACAUUUAGAUUGACGUCCAGGACUUGAUAAGGAUAAUAUCUAUCUUGCCGCUAACAAUGUCGCUGACGCUAUUGGCCUUCAACUUAUACAGUGAACAACCACUUCCUAUUUAUUUAUAGUUUUUAAACAACUAAUGGAUUGCUGUCAUCUUAAAUAAGCGGAGCGGUUUAAUUCUAAUAAUGUUUUGCCUCUCACGACACAUACAUGUUAUUCUGCUUCACCAACCACUCGAACAUUUUAGAUGAAUUGCAUCAUAGUACCAGAAACAAACGAGCACACAGUCCACCUGAUGGUAUGUGGUUGCUUUGACCCAUAGACAUCUACAUCUAUCCUCUAUUACAAAUCAAAAUACAGAUGCGUUGUCACCCGUGAGGACUAAGAUGGAAUGCCUCAUUUCCAGUAAAAAGGGUCUCCGGUUCUCUGCACUCACCAUACGAAACACAGCAGCGUUAACCUGCUAUUUUAUGCUGGUAUUCUGUGAGAGCGUGGUCCUUCCCCGGUCGAGCCGACCUAUUCGUGCUACAUCUAUAUUAUUAAUAUAGCUGCAGAGUGGCUCUACCACGUCUUGUUUGAACGACGUAUUGUUAAUUAGAGAAAACAACGAAAACAACAACAACUCCUUCAUACCAACCCGCGGCAAUCUAAUUAACUCAGCAACUGUUGAGACUGUUUUAGCAUGAAGCAAAUACAAUGGGAAAUUCAGCUUUAGACAGUAGACACUUAAUUGCCAGAAAAUAUUAUUAUACCAAAUUUUAAAGUAAACUACAAAUUUAGGACGUAUUGCUGGAUGCGUGUUAGUUGCAGAGAACAUAGACAAGAGUAUUAUAGAUGUCUUGAAUUUUCAUCGUUCUAGCUCAAUAUUUUUCUGCAAUGAAAAUUCUUUGAUCUUCCGAGGUGCGAGGCCCUGUGAGCCACGAGGCCGUAGGCGGCCGCCCAGGUCACCCUUGCCUUGCGCCGCCUAUGAUCCGUUUAUUCUUUUUUUAGUUUACGGUCACAGAUUCGGCAUUUGACUAUUUACGGUCUAAUGAGAAGUUAGAGAAGGAAUAGUACAAAAAGAUCGUCGUAUUGCAAUACAACAUUAUGCUGUUGUUAUCCUCUACAUUAAAAUAACACAAUCUUCGCGUGCUUGAAAUAACCAAAGAACCUAAAACCAUGGGUGCUUGAGAGUAUUUUUUAUUUCCGUGAUAUACAUUUUACUUUGCAUUAAAAGUUUAAGUUUGACUUUUUUACCUUUUUGGGUGAACUAAAGGAUUAUUACAAGCUUGCUGUAGAACUGGAAUGUUGUGUAAAUAGUUACAUUAAAAACUUCAUCCACUACUUUUCCCAGACUUAGCGAGUAUAGUUAUACGGACCACCCAUAAUUUAAACUAUCUAAUGUUAAAAGAAUCUUUAAAAUCGGUUUACAAUUGACGAAGAUAUUGCGUACAUAUAGCAUAUAUUUAAAAAAAAAGUCGAAUUGAGAAUAUACGCCUUUUCAACCGACUUCAAACAAAGGAAAAGGAUCUCAAUUCGACUGUAUUUUUUUAAUGUUUGUUACCUCAGAACUUUUUUCUAGGUGAACCGAUUUUGACGAUUCUUGUUUGAAAUUGAUUGAUUUUUAUUUGAAAGCUGGUGCUUCUCAUGUGAUCUCAUAUAGAUUUGAUCAAGAUCUGACCAGUAGUUUUUGAGUUAUCCUUAAUAAUGCGUAGUUAAUUGAUUUCGACUACAAUGAUGAUGUUUUCAUUUCAUUUAUAUUGAAGUCGACUGUACAAAAUUUUUAAUUUUAUCGCUUGUUUGAUCCGGCUAAUAAAGUAAUAAAAGUAAUAUAUAUGUGGUUGUAGGUGCCACCUGCAACGGUAGAAAGCGUAAUUCUACAACACGGCAGUGUGGCAGAGUGCGGCGUGGUGGGCGCGCCCGACGAGUGGGCGGGCGAGCUCCCCACCGCCUUCGUUGUCAUCAAGCCUGGUCACCAACUCACCGAGCGUGAACUCCUCGACUUUACUGCUAGCCGGUUGUCGCCAGCGAACCGUCUCCAUGGUGGUGUGAUAUUCGUGAAGGAGAUCCCAAAGAAUCCAUCUGGAAAAAUUAUGCGACGUAUUCUUAAACAAAGGCUCCAAGAUAAAAGAAAAAGUAAACUGUAAUAUAAAUAUACAAGUGAAAUAAUCAUUAGGUAUAGAUAAUCAUUAUUUUAUAUUAUUGUUCUAAAUUAUUUUUUUUAUAUAUAAGUACAGAUUAAAUUGAAUCUGAUAAGUAAUUGAUAAUUAUGGAUCAAUAAAUAUAAAGUGCAAAUAGAAAAAUAAAUUUAUUUUU